AUGCUCUGUGCUAUAUGCAUCAACUUUGAUGUGAGAGAAUUAUUGGUGAGAGCCGCUGCUCAACCACCCAAAGGCUUUAAUGACCCCACUGCGCCGGAUACGUUAGAAUGUCUCCGGCCGGCAAUCCCUCACUUUUUCGAACAUCAUCCCAACUUGCUUUCGUUGCAGUCCUCGAUCGAUGAAUGUGACCUCUGCGCUUGCAUAUGGCAGUCGUAUGCUAGUAAUGCUCACCCCAACGAACUUGUUCACGAUGAGUUACUCAAGGGCACGAACGCGCGGCAGAUAUUCAUAGGGACGACCGCCUGGGACGCUACUCUUAAUGGGUUGCCUCAUGUUGCUAUCAUUCAAAACGGGGAAAGGGGAGCUGUACGCACUUUGGCCUCGUUUGAAGUAUGCGCCCUAAGAGGUCAUGAGCCAUUGGACCACCAAAAUCUUCUUGCUAGGUCCAUAUAUAGCUAUUCGGGAUCGCAAAAGUGUUUGCAACUUGCAGCUAGAUUGCUGGGCGACUGCAUUAAUAAGCAUAAGUCCUGUUCUUCUCAAUAUCCGACUUCUUCUAAACUUCCGACGAGAAUUAUCGAUACGGAGGGAGUGAAUCUUAGGCUUGUUGAUGGUGGCGGGCAAUGUGGAACAUUUGCGGCGCUGUCAUAUUGUUGGGGCGGCGAUUCUGGUUUCAUACUUACAACAGGAACUGAACGAUUAUUUCGCGAGGGUCGGCCAAUUAACGAGUUUCCUCCUACUAUUCGUGAUGCCAUAAACAUCACCAAAGCCCUCGGUAUCCGUUACAUCUGGAUCGAUGCGUUAUGCAUUAUUCAAGACUCUGAUAAGGAUUGGGCCCAGGAGGCUAGCCAGAUGCGCGAAGUUUACAGAGGAGCAGUUGUCACGAUAGCGGCAGCAUGUGCUUCCAAAACUAGCGAGGGGAUCUUCCGAGAAAGAGUAGCGUCGAGUCACCUUAGAUGUUGGCUUGACUGGAAGAACGGUGAUAAGAAUCCGCCUAAAGUAUUCUUGCGCCUAGGGUCCGAACUAUGGGAUGAAAGGAUGCGUCAGAGCAUUCUGAACACUAGAGGUUGGGUUUUGCAGGAAACCCUCUUGGCACCCCGCACAUUAUGGUUCGGUCAACAGCAGCUGUGUUUUGAGUGUCCGAAAGGGAGUGUGGAUGAAGCAGGGCGGACCGCUAGGAUAGUGGAGGUAUAUCGCAGUAAAGAAUUCAUUCUGUCACUCCGUCGAGAGAUAAUUCCUAAGAUGCAUAUCCCCCCGGCUGCUACAGUUCCAUGGCUAUCACUAACAAAUAUCCUCCAGGCACGAGAUCUAGAAACUAUACGUCAUAGAGCCAUUGUCUGGAAACCAUUCACAUUGCAGGGAUACUUCAAGCCGCCUGGUCUUUUUCUCGGGAUGUCACAUUUCGAUUUCUGGCUGACGAUCAUCGAGAAUUAUUCAUCUAGGCAACUCACCAAGCCAACUGACACUCUUCCUGCAUUGUCGGGACUCGCAAGAGAGUUCCACCGAGCUACGGGUGAUACGUACGUUGCUGGACUUUGGAAGAUGGAUUUGAUACAAGGCCUCACCUGGACAAGAGCCUCACUCAUACCCAGUGGCCAUGUCGAAGACGAGCCAACUUCACUUGACCAAUAUCUUGCUCCAUCAUGGAGUUGGGCAAGUAUACUGGGUCGAAAGGUUUUGUUCAUGGCUGACUUGCAAUUCGAUCGCGUCAAACGCUUCGCCGAAGUUAUAGAUGUCAGUAUACAGCUUGCUACUCAUGAUCCUUUUGGUGCCGUAAAGGGGGGAAGUAUCACUAUCCGUGCUCCUUUUCUAGAGCUGGAGUCUCAGGACUUACUCAGCGCUCCUCAUCCACCAUCGCCACAUCCAAAGUUAUUAGCAAGAAUUUCCGACAUGUUGAAAGCUACAGUAAGUAGUGAAUACAGACAAAAGCAUAGAGCUUAUAUAGGGCAAAAGUUUGCAAUCUUAAAGCUGAUCCAGUGGCGGCGUGUCCUCCAGGCUACCGAACGCGCAUGCUUCUUAAUACUCGAAAGCGUUGAAGGUGGUAAUGAUUGGAGGCGGAUAGAGCGCCUCUAUCUUACUGCUAGAGAAACCGUGCUUUGGGAUAGUAAGGAAGCAGUUGAUUCGCUGGCUAUCCUUGCGGAGAUUAAGCAUGCUUUGAAAAGGCGUGUCGUGAGGAUCAUCUGA